AGGGUCACUGUGCUAUUCCGUAUGCUAUCAGCCAAGAUGGCCGGACUCUUGUAUUCUUCUGGCUUCAUUUAACAAUACGGCUGAAGCAGAUCCUAUUAAGUUGAAUUGUUGCGGGGUACAGAGGUUGCAUGCGUGCCCGGCCCGAUUUGUAGUGCGCCCCCUUGUUUCCCUCCCACCUCGCUACCAGUCUCGUCCCGCCGGGCAUGGAGUUGAAGGCGCUGAAGCACCAAAAGAAGCCUUGGCUACUCGGAUCCCGGCCUCGGCGAGGACCUGCCCGAGACACCCGCCCUCCGCUUCCGCCUUGCCACUUCGACCGGCCUUCCCCGCCGCAGUCAGGACUCGCCCCGUGUGCGACGACGAGCACGACACCAUGGCGUCGGGGAGUGGCUUCUUGCGACGCGCUGACCGCCAAGGCGCCGCCUUCGGGCCCGGGCAGCCCCGUCGUCUGCGUCACGACGCCGCCGUUGCCCCUCUGCGUCCACCACAACGUCGACGUCACGAAGCGGCUGCGGCGCCAACGUCCUCUGGCGUGUCGCGGCCUGAAUCGGUCAUCGCUAGCGUCGGCUCCUCGUCGGCCGCGCGGACGUCUGCUGCCGGCGGCGCAAUUGCCGAGUCUGGGCUUGGCUGGUAG